GUUUCCAUUUGGACGGAAAGUAUAACUCGAGCGAAUUUGAAAAAUGCAAGGGGACAGUUUCUUUGUCCGGACCAGCGGAGUCCAAACAAAAAAUCAAUCUUGCAGGUUUUUAUAAAAAAAAACGUUUAGCGGUGCCUUUAUCUUAAUCGUGGCGGAUGUAGUUAUCGAUGUUUUGAUUAUGGCGCACUCAAAUGGCGUUCAAGUGUAGAUUUUGGAUGCCAGUUCUUUUUCAAGGAAAAUUCAAACUUUCAGCUCCUAGUUGCUAGAGCCUUCUCAACCCUUGUGACGAAAAGUUAAGACAUCAGUUUUGAAAGUAAAUUUUGGAAAAUAUCCAAAACUCAACCGAAAUUUCUCAUUCUUUGUGGGCACUUUGGGACAACAAAAUUUUUAAAUACCAAAAUAGUUGGGCGCAAAAUGUCAACUUACGACGUUACGAUUCGUGCACUAAAUACUCACGACGCUAAUUCAACUGGAAGUUGCAAAUGUUAUACUUUGUCGACACCUUGGCAACAUAGCUUGUAAUUGUCUCCGAAUGAGGCCCUGUGGGCAACCGCUUGUACGAUUUGAAUAAAGUAGGGGAAUUACCAUAUAACUUGUAUAUAAGCAAGAUGAUAUCUAGAACUUUAUUGUUCAGCAAGCAGUGAGUGAAACACUAGUGCUUUAGCAACGGUAAACGACAAGCUCAGCUUAAGAAAAUGGAGCAACUGCUACCUAAAAACGCGAUUUUCCUGGAUGAACUAGUGCAGCAGAAGUAUCCGACCGUAUCACUGGGGUUCGACAGAAACUUCCUAAACUUCGAAGGACUGCAAAAUAUUCAGCCCAUGUGCUUUCGUUGCGGCAGCAGCAAUAUUGGCCCUAGGGUGCACAUUCUGCGACUACAGAGUAACAAACCUUUUGUGAGAGAUGAACUUGAUGAGACGUAUUACUGCGGAAGCUCCAAUCACCUCAUCUGCUGGUUAUGCUUCCAGUACUGUCGUCAUUGGGACGAUCACAAACCUAUUGAAUGGUAUUCUGCCGAAAUGAUGGUGUUACGAGAAAUUAAAUUCGAGUGUCAAUGGCCGACUUGUAAGAAGAUCUUCGGCGGUUCCACCCUGAAGGACCACGAAAUCAGCUGCAUUUUACAGCCGCGACGCCAAUGUCCAGUGGAUGGUUGCGGUUGGUCCGGUAAUCUGGACGAAAUUAAGAGUCAACACUUCAAAAGCCACGAAAACAGCAUGUUGCUCUUCUGCAAUGUGGCAAGGGAUCUGCAACCGGGUAACGAUCUCUAUUUGCUGAUACUCGGCAAGUUUGUGCUGGUUCGUCACGAAAUAGAGGAGUUGGGCGAAGUCUUUGAACACGCUUUUACUCUGGAAUUGUGCAAAGAGGAACCGGGAAUUGUAAAACCAGUGGGAUUAGUUACGGCCAAUGGCGUACUACUGAAGCAGAUUGAGGACGGCGAUUUAGUGAAAAGCAUUUCGAGACAAGUUCAGUUAUUUGUAUGUUUUAAAAAUGUUUAAUUUUACCCACAAAAACUUGUUUUGCAUUGUACACUACUGGUAAAAUUCAAACUUCAAUGGCAAAACCAGAAUUAUUAUUCCUUGAUACAUUUUCAAUGUUUUAAGUAAGAUGUAAUGUUCGUAGAUUAUAAAAUUAAUAAACACUGAAUUCAUUCACACAA